AUAUUGUUAUCUUCAAGUAAUUCCUUGUUUUUAUGAAAGUGGUAGGUACUUAGUGUUUGUAGCCCAUAAGCUACAUUAUCGUAAAAGGGUCAAAGUUUAGUACCGUAGGUAUAUGUUUUUAACGUAAUUAAUAUCUUGUCCUAGGAUGUCUCGUAAACGUCGUUUGCAAGAUACUGACAUUGCUGCAGCACUCUGUGAUGAUGAUGCGAGUGAAGAUGGGUUAGAAUUUGAUGACGAUAGUAUUGCCGACCCUGAUUUUGAUCCUGAGAUGGAGGGGUUGACUGAGGAGAUGGUUGAGGAGUUGAUUGAUGAGUUUGGCGAUGCUUCUUCUGACGGGGAGUUUGAUAAUCAUGUGGACACAUUGAUUAGAACCUUACAAAAUGACGAAAUUACCACUUCGACUCAGGUAGAACCAAUACAAUCGACUUCAAGCGAUUGUAAUCUUCCAGCUUCAAGGUCCCAAGGAAAGAAGCCAAAAAAGCUGAACUUACGGUGGAAAAAGAAGAACCUGGAGUUAAACGCACUUCAGCUAGCAUUCAAAGGUAAUGAGACACUUAGUCCUGAUACUUUAGAACUCGAUACACCCGUGCAGUUCUUUCUGAAGUUGUUCCCACCAGAGUUAAUUGAAACGAUUGUUGAACAGACCAACCUCUAUGUGGUACAGAAGGAUCCAAGUAAUACCUUUCGUGUAACUGACCUAGAUAUACGACAGUUCAUCGGCAUAGUAUUCCUGAUGUCCCUGAUUAAACUACCCAGGGUUACCAGUCACUGGGCACCUAUACUCGGCACAGAACUAAUUCAACGUACAAUGGCCUUGAACAAGUUCGAAAAAAUAAGACAGUUGCUGCAUUUCAAUGACAAUAGCAAAGCAGUUCCCAGAAGCGAUCCAAAUCACGAUAGAAUCUUUAAAUUUCGUCCGGUUGUUGAUACCUUGAAUACUUCAUACAAAGAAAUCACCUUGGAGAAGCAGCUUUGUGUAGAUGAGCAAAUGUGCUCCACUAAAGCCCGAAAUGUGCUGAAACGAUACAACCCCAACAAACCCCAUAAAUGGGGUUACAAAAUAUACGUGUUGAGUGGUGUUUCCGGUUUCGCUUACAAAACUGAGAUAGAAACUGGCACAGAAAAUGUAGUUAACCAAGGUGAGCCGGAUUUGGGGGCUUCGUCGAAUGUUGUAAUGAGACUGGCACGCAUAAUACCGAGACAUGAAAAUUUCAGGCUGUAUUUUGACAACUACUUUACCUCUUUGCCUCUCCUGGAAUAUUUAGUCAAAGAAGGUAUUUUAUCCCUUGGAACUAUUCGAAGAAAUCGGAUCCCUGACUGUAAACUUUCAUCUGAGAAAGUGAUCAAGAAGAAAGAACGAGGAUAUUCUGAAGAAUACGUUGCUGAUGUCAAUGGCGUGGAGGUGUCAACAGUUGUAUGGAAAGACAAUAAAGUUGUCACCUUGGCAUCUACGUUUGCUGGCCAAAACCCCAUUUCCGAUGUCAGCAGAUACGACAAAAAGCAAUCAAAGUACAUUGAUAUCAAAAGACCGUUUGUGGUAGCCGAAUAUAAUCGUCACAUGGGCGGUGUCGACCUUAUCGACAGUAUAAUGGGUAUAUACAAAAUACAACUGCGGAGCAAACGCUGGCCUAUGCGUUUAUUUUACCACUACUUGGAUUUGUCAAUCGCAAAUGCAUGGCUGCUGUACAAAAGAGUGUGCAAACACAAAAUAAUUCCCAAGAAAUCCAUCAAAGGUUCGGCAGAUUUUCGUCUGGAUGUCGCCGCUAGUCUAUGCCAAAUGGGGACUAAAUCAUCUACAACAACUCGACGAUCUUUAGAAACUGAAAUCGUGGCUAAAAAACGUAAAGGACCUACUCAGCACGCACCUCCACAAGCAGUUCGACAGGACCAGAUUGGGCACUGGCCCUACUUCAUUUCGUUCUAUUAUAACACGACGCAGAGCUGGAAUAUGUAG